AGUCCCGGCACAACUGUCGUGCGCGCAACAUGUUUGGAGGAUCGUUCCCGAGUCCAGUUGUUGUUCAUGUUGGGAAUCGAAUUAACGAAAAAUCGUGAAAGAAACUAGUGCUCAAGGCAUUUCGAAUUAUCUGAAUUUUUGUUGCGCAAGAUAGAUCGGUGUAAGGUUUCAGACAUUAGUAUCAAAAUUGACAUACCGAUAAAACAAGAUCAAGGAAACUCUUUCCCGUGAAAAGAAAUUCUUUUCUUCUGAAACUUACAAGCGCACGAUGCUUGCGAUAAAUAAUUAAGAGUUUUUCAGAUUAAAAUUGAAUUUGAUUUUUAUAACAGCUAAAAAAAUGAUAGUGAUAAAUUAAAUUUCAGUGUUGCGUGUAUAAAUAUAUUUAAUUAGAUAGAAGCAGAAAGAGAGAGAGAGAGAGAGAGAGAGAGAAGGAAACAGACAAAUUAAUGGCUUUAAUAUUGACAGUGAAACAGACGACAGGAUUUGUUUAAAUGAUCGUAUGAAGAAUCAGGAAACAAAAAAGGAAGAUGUUGCUACUCAGAGUGAUCGUGACGUUGAUCGCGUGCUGGAUCGUCAAGUGCGAUCUGAUGGAUCUCUACGUCCAGCACAUGGACGAGACCAUGAGGACGAAGUUGUAUAAUAACAAGCGGCAUCGCAUGUUUCCCAUUUCCCGAAGGAUAAGGAGGAGCCUCAAAUACGACAAAUUGCUGUUGGAUGAUUUGAUGAAGCAAUUGGACAUGGAUGAGAGGUGGCAAUGGAAAGCCAAGAAGAAGAUCUCUUACCAAAAUGACGCUUUAGACUAUCCGAAUAAGCGAGAGGAGAAUUCUGAUCCUGAUCAACACGAAAUGCUCUCGACUACAACACAGGAUUUGAAAUAUCCUGAUGAAACAACGAUCAUUGCCGAAGCUGAAAAUUCGCAAGCGCUGAUCGAAAUCGACACUACAAAAUCGAUAUCUGAUAUCGUUAAAGACGAAACAGAAUCGAAUAAUUCUUCGCAUUAUGUGACGAUCGAAGGACAAGAAGAAGCGUUGAAGGGGGAAUUUCCCUUUUGGAGAAUCAUUCUGGAGAAUCAGACUAAUGUCGAAGACAUCCUUGACAAACCUCUAGAACCUGUAGAAGAGAUUCCAUUGGAAGAAUGGAAGGAUUUCGAAGAGACGGAGGACGAGGAGAAUUCUCAGUUCGAAAUCAUCAGCGAGAACGAGCAAAUCAAAGCGAAGCCGAGGAUACCAAGGAAGAGAAGAAUGCCGAAACUAUGGGAUAAAAUGUCAAAGACGUAUAAGUACGCUUCUGCCGUAAAAAUGGAUCUCAUCAAGAACAAGACGAGGACAAAGAUAAGAAUGAGAUCUAGAAGAAGCGCGAAAAAAGGUGGAGUUAAUCGAGGAAUAUUUAAUGCCAAGAUGCCAAAGUUCACUAGGUACGAGAAGCUCGACGAGGACGGUGACGUAAUCCUCGAGUGGGAUCCUUCGGACGAGGAGGAAGUGACAUUCAGGGUCACCGCUAAGAUCCUGGGCUACGUCGGCAUCGGUUUCAACGAAAAAGGCCACAUGAUGGGUGCCGAUAUCUUACUCGCUUGGGUGGACGAUCACACUGGCGUUGUCAAUCUACUGGACUCGCACGGUAUCGAGAUGAAGGCCGCACCAGUUGCCGACACGUCUCAGGACGUCCGAGUACUUGGCGGUUCGCAAAACGAGACCCAUACCACGGUAACGUUUGCUAGGAAGUGGCAGACAUGUGACCCUCAGGAUCACCAGCUCACAGAGGACACCGUCAAAGUGCUGUGGGCUCUACAUCCGACCGAUCCAGAAUUAAACACGGCACUAUGGCACGAGAAUAGACGAGGCGCGAAGGCCCUGAGGCUAAAGACAGCUGCGGCACAUUCGCCACCGCGUGAAACUCGGAAUAUACGACACUGGGACGUAAAACUUAACCAGUUUGAGGUGGACGACACGGACACAGUUUACUGGUGCAAGAUCUUCAAGGCCUCCUGGCUGAGAGAGAAACACCACAUGAUAGGGUAUACACCGCUCGUGGAGAAGGCUAACGAGGAUCUGGUCCAUCACGUGAUCCUAUACGAGUGCGCAUCGACGUCGCCGAUCCUCGGUGAGCAUGCCAGGAUCGCGGGUGCCCGCUGCUACAGCCCGACGAUGCCUCGAGCUUGGGAAUCGUGUCUGCAGCCCAUCCUCGCUUGGGCUCGUGGUAGUAAAGGAGAGUGGAUGCCGGAACACGUCGGUAUACCUAUAGCGGAACACGGUGAGAGCUCGUAUUACAUGCUGGAAGUGCACUAUAAUAAUCCGAGUAUGAAGAGAGUGAUUGACAGCAGCGGCGUACGACUCUACUUGACUCCGAAACUUCGUCCUCAGGAAGCGGGCAUUCUUGUGGCCGGCGUGGCGGUCAGUCCUCUUCAUUUAGUGCCUCCGAAGCAGAAGGAAUACGCCACCGCAGGAUACUGCACUCCGCACUGCACAAACAUGAUGUUUCCCGAGGAUGGUAUCAAUAUUGUAUCGGUUGUCCUGCAUUCACAUUUAGCUGGACGUCGUCUCAGCUUGAAGCACAUUCGACGUGGUAAAGAAUUACCAAGGAUCGUCCAGGACAAUCACUUUGAUUUCGAUUACCAGCAAUCCCAUACGCUGGAGAAGGAAGUGAAGGUGUUACCUGGGGACGAGCUCGUCGCGGAAUGCGUUUACGGCACUUUGAACAGGACGAAACCGACUCUAGGCGGCUACGCGGCUACCCAGGAGAUGUGUCUGGCGUUCGUCCUGCAUUAUCCCAGGACACCGCUCGCCGGCUGCUACAGCGUGACGCCCGUCAGGGAUCUUUUCAAGACUCUCGGCGUGCACAGCUUUCGGGGGAUGACGAUGGAAUACUUGGAGAAGCUGUUCCUAAUAAAUGGAACUGAUUUGACUCUGCCUUCAACCAAUCAGCAACAGCUUUUCGCUUAUCCGGCCGCAAGACCGACAGACGAGUCUGCAUUAAGAGCGAUGAAAGAUUACACGGAAGAGAGCGAAGAUGAUAACAUCUUUUCACGACUCAUUAUCGAGGAGCCCGAAGAAUUCCGAGGUCGCACUAUGGCUGAGCAUAUGCUGGCUUUGCCAUGGACGGAAGAAUUGCUCGCAAGAUCAAUAGAAAAUAAUCUUUAUCACGGCAGGCAUAUGACAUUCUGCAGAAAAAGAGACGAUCAAUUGGCAUUGCCGGCAGAUAUUCAAAACUUUCCGAAUUACACGGCACUACCGGAAAUGAAUGACACGACUUGUAGCGAAUUCAAGAAUACGUCUGGAUCCUCUGGAAUUUUUUAUAUACCCGUGAUAAACCUGGUCACUAUCAUCGUCGUAUCGAUCGUUAUGUUGUAAGAUAUCCGAGCAAAUAGUCAACUACAAUCAACGAUAAGCGUUGCGAGACGAAUGCGAUUCUCACUAUCGAGUAUGCGCGAGUAUGAUGCGAAAGGCUUUUUACGCCACGAACGUUUCCUGUACAUUUCCGAAUUUACGAAACGAUCCCGGUUAAUUUAUUAAUUUAAGCGAUCUUACUUUGCACAACGAGUGAUUUCCUCGAACGGUUUCCGACCACUCGAAACAGAUCGGCAAGUUCCUAAAGUACUAGGUCGCUGAUCAAUUCCUCUUUCUAAGGGGAUGAUUUUUUCAAAGGUUUUCGUCGAUCUAGCGCACCCUAUAAACAUAUAUAUAUAUAUAUAUAUAUAUAUAUAUAUAUAUACAUAAAUGUAGAAAUAUAUAAUAUAAUAAAAUAUGUAAAUAUGAUUAUAUAUUAAUAAUGUAUUUAUAAGACAUACAUAAGCUUCUCUUUUUG